CAUCAUCAUCUCAUCGCCUGAUCCGAACAACUUCACCCAGGAUCUAUUUGAGGAGAGACCAUCUCAAGUCGUCUCUGUUGUAAGGAGAAUCUCCAAGGUUCGGCCUUGAUUGCGCUCUCGUUGCCGUGGUCUUUGCCGUCCGAGAUCCCUUGAACAUAACGUGCCUCUCCCCACAUUCCUGUUGUUCCCCAGUCAUUGAUUGCCUGCGUCAUACCGGAUUUUGACCGGGUUAAAAUUGGGAACUGUGGCUCUCCGGAAUUUGCUGGCAUUGCCGACCCGCACGACUCUGUUGACAACUUGACACCUCCGUCCUGUCUUGCCUUCACCUCGAAAGACUGCGUGCUACGCUGGGCCGUAGGUCUUGAUAUCAAUGGAUGACUCUCACCAGCGCAUCACCCCACGAGGUUAUGGGAUAAAUGCAACCUAUGUCUACGAAUAUUCGAGGGGGUUAAACGGCGUCGAUGUUCCACGGGAUGUUCUAUUUUCACGAAUCAUCUUCUCCUCGUUGAUAUUCGUCGCUCUCGUCGUCUUCUGUGGACGUGUCGCACAAAUUAGCCAUGCAUAUCUUCGCCAAAUCACCUCCUUGACGGCAAGCAGGAGAGAACAGACCUUCUGGAGCGUUGAAGUAUCUUCCCUCUGGGCCAAUGUUAAGAAACAUCUGUUGUAUGCGCCCCUAGGCAGCAAAAGACAUAAUCGAGAAAUUCAGCUAUCGUCCGCCAUCAGUGUGGGCACGCUGCCUUCCAGAUUUCAGGUGAUCUUGAUCGUGCUGUACCUUGCAAGUCAAGUGGCGUAUUGCGUCCUACUGGAUUACAAUGCGAACGUCAAGGCAGCCCUUGUCGCUGAACUUCGCGGACGAUCAGGAACUUUGGCCGUGUUGAAUAUGGUUCCCCUCUUUCUUCUGGCCGGCCGCAACAAUCCACUGAUUCCCCUGCUGCAUGUGAGUUUCGACACUUACAAUCUGCUUCAUCGGUGGCUGGGUCGGAUAGUUGUGCUUGAAAGUAUCGUGCACACAGCCGCUUGGGCAGUGAACGCAUGCGACGAGGUCAGCUUCUCUAACAUGCUUGAGCGCUUACGCACCACCCCUUUCUUCACAUGGGGUUUACUGGGAACUUGCUCGAUGAUCACCCUGGGUCUCCACUCGCCAUCCCCGAUCCGACAUGCCUUCUAUGAGACAUUCCUGCACGUGCACCAACUUGCCGCUUUCUUGGCAUAUCUUGGUGUCUUGAUGCACUUGGAUCUGGACAAUCUCCCCCAGAAGCCUUGGGUUAUUGCCCUUGGUCUGCUCUGGGUCCUGGAAAGAACAGCUCGCCUCUGCCGACUGCUAUAUUUGAAUAUUUCUCCUCGCAAAGGGUCUACGCGGCUUGUUGUCGAAGCCCUUCCUGGUGAGGCCUGCAGGGUGACUUUCCACUUGCCCAAGCGCGUGAACGUCAGCCCCGGCAGCCAUGUAUUUGCCUACAUCCCAAGCGUCUCUUUAUGGAUGUCCCAUCCGUUCUCUGUCGCCUGGGUAGAGCCAAGCAAUGCUGUGACCCCCCCUGCUACAGGAGAAAAAGACCUUGGACUCAUGGAACCAUCGCUUCUUGAGAAGCAGCCCAUGGCAGGUCUGGACGAAUAUAUGCGAAGCUUCCAGGACCCGACGUCCGUGUCUCUCAUCGUCGGUGCUCGGCAAGGCAUGACGCGGAAGUUAUACAACAAAGCUUUGGCCUCUCCCGGACAAACACUCUAUACCUCGGGGCUUAUCGAGGGGCCGUAUGCUUCCCACGCGUGUAAUAUGGGCAGCUACGGCACGGCGGUGCUCUUCUCAGCCGGUGCCGGCAUCACGCAUCACAUGCUAUUCGUCCGCGACCUGCUGAUCCGCUCGUCGGAGGGUCGCGUAGCCACGCAGAAGAUCUAUCUUGUCUGGUCCGUACGUAGUACGGAACAUCUGGCCUGGGUGCGAGAGUGGAUGGAUCAAAUCCUCCGACUCCCGUCACGGCGCGAGAUCCUCACCAUCAAACUCUUCGUGUCGAAGCCAAAAAGCAGUCGCGAGAUCGUGUCGCCCAGCGCUACGGUCCAGAUGUUCCCCGGUCGGUGUCGUCCUGACGUGGUUCUCAACGAGGUCAUUCCUCGGCGCGUCGGCGCCACCAUCGUCUCUGUCUGCGGGCCGGGCGCAUUCGCAGAUGAAGUACGUGCUGCUGCACGUGAUAACAUUGGCAAGGGCGCCGUGGUCGAUUUCGCCGAAGAAGCCUUUACAUGGUAGUGCCCUAAUCUUCCACCCCCGUGGUUUAACUUGCACUCUCCCCCUUUCCCUUCUUGUUCAAAAUUUCUCUUCUUACUUUCGUUUAUUUCCAUUUCAAAUGUAUAUUUAGAUUUACCUCCAUUAGUCUAACCUCCCAUGGCAA